CGAGGGCGGCCAAAGAUACGCCCCGAUGGUGGGAUACGGGGAUCGAACCCGCGGCAUCACGUUGCAAGACGGUGCGCGCUUCCCAAUGCGCAAACCACCGACUACAGCGGAGUAGCGCGUGCACGGACCGUAUCGUCUCAAUUUGGAUCACGUGGCUGACAGGAAUGGUAGAAUCUGUCAUGGCUGACAGGAAUUCGAGUGACAGGAAUUCGAGUGACAGACACAAUCGUCCCCAAGCGGCCGGGCAUGGGGUAUAUGAGGGAGCCCGGUGUGCGUUGCUGGAGCACCCCGUCUAGCCAACUUUCCUUCAUCGCCAUGUCCUCCCAGGCUACCAAGCGCAUCACCCGCUCGAUGAGCACCCGUACUGCCAAGCGCCAACGUGUCCAUGAACAACUGGUCUCCUUGGGAAUCGAAGAAACCCUUUCUGUCCUCCUGGUCGUCCUCUCGGUCCCCGAGCUGAUCGAGAUGCUCCCCGCUUGCAGUCUCGCGAAGCUCAAGGCAACUUCCAGCGACGUGAGGGCUCUGCUCUCGACCAAGACCGUGGGGAUUCGCAUCUGGGCCGAGUGGUUCAACAAGCAACACCACACCAGGCUCCUCUCCGAUGACUGCGUCCAACUGGUCAAGUAUUUCCCUGCUGGACCAGUUGCCUUCAACCUCAAGUGGUUCAAGUUCAUUCCGGGGACCGUGGUUUCAGCCGAGUUCGUCCGAGUCGUCACUCGUUUCCGCCGAGACAACUCCGAGUUCCAGAUCGUACGACGACUCCUCGAGGCCAAGCACGUCCCCACUGCAAUGUGGUUUGUCAAGCGCAUGGUCUGGAAUGGCGAAAUCGUCAGCAAAUGCCUUUCCGUCUUGAGCAACAAAUCCAAGGCGCUCGACGACUUCCUCCUCGAAGAACGUGACAUCUUCCUCGGAUCACCAUCGAUCGAGAUCAACCAGGCGUACUUUCAGUGGCUCGAGUCAUUGGACGCAUCCGAACUGAAGGUCAAGUUCGCCCUCCACGAAUGCUAUCGAUAUGGCAGAGGUACUGAUGCCAACCCGACCAGAGCCUUGAAUCUUCUGGUCGAAUGCGCUCGAGGUGGUUAUCACGACAGCGCCCAGCAGAUCUACGACAUCUGCCGACACGGGUGGAUCCGAAAUGCGCCCCAAGCAUCGUCCGUCUGGCAUUGGUUGUCGGAUUCGUCGGGACACAGUCUCCCUGAAAGGGUGUUAGAGUCCAAAGGGGACUCAACGGCAAAAGAAGAAGUGAGCUCGAAGUGAGCUCAGGGAAAGCAAGGGUAGAGUCCGAAGUGGACUCGGAGAGGGAGCGAGGGAAGCAAAGAUCCGUUCAAGAUAAGACUUGUCUCGAAAUGAGAC